AUGGAAACAAAGCCCAAGAUCAAGAGGAGUAGGAACGGAUGUCACAAGUGCAAGAGCUUGAAGAUCAAAUGUGACGAGGCCAAGCCAGCAUGCUCAUACUGCUUGAAGACUGGGUCAGCGUGUGACUACUCCAUCAAGCUAACAUGGGGAGGCAGGCCGUUUCGAGAUCCUAGCAAGCGCAAGGGAGGCGCGGCGCCUGAGCUACUGGGACAGACGACGUUGAAGAUGGAACCGCCAGCCACGGGGCCCACGCCAAUGAAGAACAUCCCCGCAAUUUCCGACGGAAUGGAGUCGUUGUCCAACGCCCUCCUGCGCAUGAAUGGCGACCACUUCCAGCUACAACAUUCAGAGAUUUUCAACAACUUCGUGUUGUCCAACAUCGAUGCCCCCGAGGAAAAGGAAAUCACAAAAAUCGAGCAAGAAUUCUUCAGCAACUACUCCGAGGACUUGGAGCGUAUCAACAUGGCCAUGCCCCAGAGAAAGUCCAACUUUUUGGGGGAUAACUGGCCUCUCGCAACCCAUAAUCACUACGCCUUCCAAACUUCCAAACCAUUCGACGAAGAAGAGGAAGUGUUUUCAUCAGUACCAGCACAAUUAUUACCUCUACCCGAGCUAUUACUACAAGUACCUUUCUAUCGGAACCUCAUGCACUUUUGGCUGGAAGUGGCCUCUGAGCAUUUAGUUCCUGCUCCUGCCCAUAUCUAUCAAGAAAAUCCUUUCAAAAUAAUCUUACCCAGGAUGGCCAUGGAAUUUCCUUCCAUUUUGACCACCCUUUUAGCAUUUUCUGCUAGUAUUCGUUCGUCACUUUUCCCUGGCUCGGGAGCUCAAGAGGCUGUCAUCAACCAAUUGUUAUCAAGAUCAUGUGCAGAACUAUUGAAACUCUUAAAAGAUAAGAAUAAAGCAACCGCGGACCCGGCCCUAGCGACUGUCUUAUUACUAUCGUGCUAUGAGGUGUACUCCUCGAGAGACUUCGAUAAGCACAGAGUCCAUAUUCUUGGGGCAAGACAGAUCGUGAAAGCAAGAACAUCGAAGCAUGGUUGGUCGCGGGAUGACGGACAUGUAUCCAAUAUGGGCAGUGAAGGCGACAUAACUUUCUUUUUAAUGAGAUGGUUUGUCUAUAUUGAUAUUAUAGGUGCCCUUUCAGCUACCAAAAACUCACACAAUUACCUCGCGUCUAGCGGUGAGACCCACUAUGAACCCGCAGAGUCGGUGGAAUAUGCCAAUAAGCAGAUGGAGGAAGCAGUUAAGGACCCCAAACGUGAUAUUGACCACCUUUUAGGAUUUGAUGUCAAAUUCUUACCGUUUUUUUCCCGGAUUGCUCUUUUAAUCAGAAGAACAGAUACGUAUUUGAGCAGUCCUGGUGCAUCUCCUGAUCAAAUACCGAUUGAUAUCAUUACUGCUGCCCUUGAAAUCAAAGACAGUCUAAUGCAAGCAUACGAGGCAGGAGAGAAAAGAAGGCAACAGAAGUUGGAUGAGAUCAUUGACACAAAAAUUCAAGAAAAGAAGCAAAAUAGUAACAGCACCUCACCUCCAAACUUGAACAACUUAAUCCAACAAGAUAAUAUUCUUCGGUCCACCAACAAGAUGUUUUGUUACACAGGAAUCAUAAAUUUGUACCGGAGAGUCUUGAAGAUACCUAGAAACUCCAGACUAGUGCAAGACUUGGCCGAAAGUAUUGCUGAUAUUGGCCAGGAGAAUAUCGAGCCCCAGUCUCCUGCUGAUAUCUGUAGUAUUUUCUGUAAUUUCACUGCUGGCUGUGAAACUAUGAACAAAGAGCACAGGUCUUAUUUUUUUCACAAGUUUACAAAGUUGAUCGAAAUGGGCAACGGGAACGCAUUGAAGGGGUUCGAAAUUAUGAAGAGGUGCUGGGAGACGGGUGAAGAUUGGAUGGAUGCUUCUAAUUAUUUGGAUAUCGAUCUCGCAUUAUUAUAGACUAUACAGAUAACAGGAAUAGAGGCGAUAUGAAC